AUGGCACCACCUUCUUCCAACAAGGCCGCCCUCAAGGCUGCCAAAGCCGCCAUCGACGCCCAGAAGUGGGACGACGCCAUCACCCACGCGACAGCUGUCCUCGAGAAUGACCCGCAGAACUACUUUGCGCGCCUCUUCCUCGGCCGCGCACUCGACAAGCAGGGCAAGCCGGACGACGCGGCCAAGGCGUACGAAGAGGCGGCGAAAAUCAAGCCGGACGAUGACCAGGCGUGGUUGGGUCUGAGGGGCGUGUACGAAGCGAGGGGAGGGGAACGGGUGGAUGAGCACACGAGGGUCGGGCAGAAGCUGGCGGCUAUCUAUGCGGGGAUGGACGAUGCGCAUAGAGCUCAGAUCGCAGUCGACAAGGUGGUAGAUCUAGCCCGCGCGAAGGGCUCGAAGGCUCAGUACAAGCGCGCGCUCGAGGUGUACCUUCCCACCAGCGACGUUUACGGGUUUCUGGAAGGCCGCGUCCCGCAUCCGAGCGCGACGUACACGCGCAUCGUGGAGAUCGUUGAGCAGGAGGAGAAGGAAAAGAUCAACAAGGAGAUCGGCGAGAGGAGGACGCGACUCGGGGCGCGGAUCGGUCAGGUCACGACGGAAGUUAAGAGGGAGGUGUACGAGGCUAGUCAGCUUGAGGAGCUGUAUCAGGCCGUUGUGGAUUGGACGCAGGACGAUGAGGUGAGGAGGCAGUACGAGGAAAAACUACUGCAGCGUGCGUUUGAUACGUUGGCGGUGCUACCUACUGCGAAGAAGGCGGAGAAGAGAGACCAGGUGCUUAAGCUUGCGCAUGGCAUGGUUAUCAUUAAGCAUCCGUUUGCGCUCGCGUGGAAACUCGAGCUGGAGUGGACGGAUGUGGAGACGCUAUCGGAGUUCGAUGCGAAUGUUGUGAGGGAGUUUGUCGAGUUCUUUCCGGAAGACGGUCUGGCGAGGUUGUUGAAGGGCUACUUGACCAGCGAGAUCGCGCCAUUUCCAUUGAAAUUACCGCAGGAGCAGAAAGAAGGAGAGGAAGAAAAGAAAGAAGAGGAAGAGGAGCCAUUGAGCCAAGAGGAUAGAUUGUUGCUCAUGACAGAAGGACUCGACGACGCGAAGCACUCUCCUCUUGCCCACCGACUGAUGGGUGAAUACUAUCUCCACUUGGAGGAAUUCGAGAGUUCCGUCGAAGUCACCAGGAAAGGACUGAAGAUUGUUACUGCCGAAGCGCAGAAGAGCGGGCUGGAGUUCCAAAACAACAAAGACGCUAUCAAUAGCAUUCUUGCUACGUCACUCAUUCAGUACCAGUCGCCGAAGAAUCAUCCUGAAGCGAAGUCCAUCUUCCACGAGAUACUACAACGCAAGGCUACUUUCACCCCAGCCCUCAUCGGCGUUGGUCUCAUUCUCGAGGAAGAGGAAGAGUACGCGGAAGCAAUUGACUUUUUGAGCAGAGCCCUGGCUCGGGAUCCGGAGAAUGCACGGAUAGGCGCCGAGACGGCUUGGUGUAAGGCUCUCAACGGCGAUCACACCACUGCUCUAGGUGAGCUCGAAACGUAUGUUGAGAAGAUGAAGACGACGGAUCUCAGGUCCCGAGACUUGAGGGCGCAGACGUUAUACCGCAUUGGAAUCUGCAUAUGGGAGAUCGAUCCCACACGACAGGCUCGCAAAGACAGAACAGGAGCAUACGCCAGCUUCUUGCAAGCCAUCAAAACGAAUCCGAGCCUUGCUCCGGCAUAUACCAGCUUGGGUAUCUUUUACCAGGACUAUGCGCGAGACAAGAAGCGCGCAAGACAAUGCUUUCAGAAAGCUUUCGAGCUGUCUCCGUCGGAGCUGGAGGCUGCUGAGCGCCUUGCCCGUUCAUUCGCUGACCAAGGCGACUGGGACAUCGUAGAAGUCAUCGCUGAGCGUGCUAUCGACUCUGGUAAAUGCCGUCCUGCCCCCGGAUCCAAGAAGAAGAAGGGUGUGAGCUGGCCUUUCUCGGCGAUGGGAAUCGUCCAGAUGAACAAACAGGAGUACAGCAAGAGCGUCUACUCUUUCCUCUCGGCGCUGCGCAUCAGCCCAGAUGACUACCACUCCUAUGUUGGCUUGGGCGAGAGUUACCACAACUCUGGCAGGUACAACUCGGCCCUCAGAACCUUCAGGUACGCAGAGGACCCCGCGGAUGGAGUACAGAUGAAGAAGCCCACCGAGAACUGGUUUACGAAGUACAUGCUUGCAAAUGUCAACCGCGAACUCGGCCAGUACGAGGAGGCCAUUGACGGUUACAAGGCCGUUCUAGAGUCGAGGCAAAAUGAGUUUGGUGUUCAAAUUGCAUUGCUUCAGACGCUGGUCGAAAGGGGUUGGCGAUACAUCGAGACAAGUUUCUUCGGCAAAGCUGCGGAUAGUGCGCUGGAAGCGCUGACCAUUGCGAAGGCGGUGGCUGAAUAUAAGCCCGAGGCCUUCAACCUAUGGAAGGCGGUGGGAGAUGCUUGCUCGCUGUUCACAUGGGUUCAGAGCCGGAUCGCGGACCUACCUUUUGAUACAGUAAAGACCUUGCUUGAGACGGCCAUCGAGGUCCAAGAGUUCGACAUGUUCUCCGACAACGAUGGGAUCGGACAAGAGCAGCUUGCGUCGUUAUCUGAACAGUCGGAGGAGGGUUCAUCACCAGCCCGCAAAUGCCUCAACGCGGCGAUUCUUGCCCAAAAGCGGGCAAUUUAUGCCUGCGCUCACGACAUCCACGCUCAAGCUGUUGCAUGGUAUAACCUCGGUUGGACGGAAUACAGAGCCUAUGUGUGCUGCGAGCAAGAUGUUGACCCAGCCGCACAGGGCAAGAAGAGCUUGAAGCUCUUGAAGGCAGCGAUGAGAUGCUUCAAGCGGGCGAUCGAGCUCGAAGCCGGCAAUGCUGAAUUUUGGAAUGCUCUCGGGAUUGUCACCACACAGCUUAAUCCCAAGGUUGCUCAGCACUCCCUCGUUCGAAGCCUGCAUCUGAACGAGCGCAACGCGAAGGUGUGGGUCAAUCUCGGGACACUCUAUCUCUUGGAGAAUGACUAUGAGUUGGCUCACACAGCCUUUGCCCGCGCCCAGUCCACAGAUCCUGACUACCCGCAGGCUUGGUUGGGCGAAGGACUCAUUGCCCUGCUGUGGGGAGAUGCAAAGGAGGCAUUGUCUCACUUCACUCAUGCAUUCGAGAUCAGCGAUGCUUCAUCUCUUGUUGUGAAGAGGCAAUACGCGGUUUCCACCUUCGACCACCUCCUCUCGUCUCCAUCAGCCUCGAGCGACAUCACGAAACUCAUCCAACCCCUCUUCGCUCUCCAACAGUUAUACUCGCAAAAGUCAACAGACAUUCCGCACCGCCAUCUAGCAGCACUGUACCUCGAACGGGUCGGCAGCUACGACGUCGCCAUUUCCGCACUGGAAGAGAUCUGCGCCACCGCCGAAGCCGAGUUCGAGGUUUCGGAAUCGCCUCAAGCUCUCUCCCGUUUUGCGCAAGCCAAGGCCGACCUCGCCCGCAACCGUCUUGCGGCCUCUGACUUCUCGACCGCCGCUGAAGAUGCCGAAACAGCCCUGGAUCUGACGGCUGAAGAAGAAGGCACUGGGAUGAGCGCCGAGGCCCGUCGUAAGGUCCGCCUAGGCGCGCGUCUGACGGCCGGCCUCGCGCAGUACAACCUCAACGCCAUGGACGCCGCCAUCGACCACUUCCGCACCGCGCUUCAGGACAGCGGCUCAGCGCCGGACGUCGUGUGCUCCCUCGCCGAGGUGCUGUGGGCGAAGGGCGGAGCCGAGGAGAAGAGCGUCGCGCGCGACCAGCUCUUCGAGUGCGUGGGCGAGCACCCGGAGCACGUCGGCGCCGUCGUGCUGCUCGGCGCCAUGGCGAGCCUGGACGAGGACGCGGACACGAUGGAUGCCGUGCGGGACGACCUGCAGGCCCUGCGCACCAGACCGGAUCUCGACACGCACCAGCUGAGGCGGAUCGAGAAGGUGCUGGACGCCAUCGCGGAGCUGUCGUCCUCUUCUGGCGGCAGUGGCGCCGAUACCGUGAGGACGGAGGUCCAGACCAGCGUCAUGCUCGCCCCUCACUUGCCUCAUGGCUGGACCCAGCUCGCGGAUCUCGUCGCAGAUGGCCAGCAGACGGAGCAGGAGGUCUAUCCGGCACAGAUGGCGCUUGUCACGGCGAAGAGGGCUGUGCCGCCGAAUGGCCCGCUGCAAGCGGAAGAGCUGGCCGCCGCGUUUGCGGGCGUUGGCACCGUUGCGGAUGCUCAGAGGGCUGUCAUGUGUGCGCCUUGGAGCUCGGGCGCAUGGUCGGCGUUGGGAGACUGUUUAGCGUAG